AUGCCAAGUUAUGUGAAGCUUAUGAAGGAAAUUUUAUCAAAGAAAAGGAGACUGGAGGACUAUGAGACUAUAACACUUACUGAGGAAUGCAGUGCUAUCUUGCAAAAGAAACUACCCCUAAAGUUCAAGGAUCUAGGUAGUUUUAAUAUUCCAUGCUCUAUAGGAGGCUCAGUUGAAACAAAAGCCUUGUGUGAUUUGGGGGCUAAUGUGAAUUUAAUGCCUCUAUCAGUUUUUCGAAAGCUAAAAUUAGGAGAAGCUCACCCUACAACUAUCUCCUUACGAAUGGUAGAUCGUUCUGUUAAGUAUCCUAGGGGAGUGAUUGAGGAUGUCUUGGUAAAGGUUGGUAAAUUCAUCUUUUCUACUGAUUUUAUUAUUCUUGACAUGGAAGAAGAUGCAAAUAUCUCAAUUAUAUUAGGGAGGCCAUUCUUAGCCACAUGGAAAGUGCUGAUUGAUGUAUAA